GAGACAUUUCUCAGUACUUAGAACAGAUUAAGUUGCAGACAACUUAAUCAACGUCGAAAAUGGAGUCCUGGAUUCGAGUUUUGAUGUUUGCAGCAUGCCUGUUUCCUGUUUUAGUCGAAUGCAGAGUUCGACAUUACAAAUUCAACGUGGUGAUGAAAAAUUCGAGCAGAUUGUGCUCAACAAAGCCAAUUGUGACGGUGAAUGGACGAUUCCCAGGUCCUACUUUAACUGCCAGAGAAGGAGACACAGUGCUAGUGAAGGUUGUCAACCAUGUCAAAUACAAUGUUUCAAUCCACUGGCAUGGAAUUCGACAGCUGAGAACAGGGUGGGCGGAUGGGCCAGCUUACAUCACACAAUGCCCUAUUCAGCCAGGGCAAAACUAUAUUUACAACUUCACAAUCACAGGCCAAAGGGGUACUCUGUUGUGGCAUGCACAUAUCCUAUGGCUACGUGCAACAGUACACGGUGCCAUCGUGAUACUUCCUAAGAGAGGCGUCCCAUAUCCAUUUCCCAAACCCGACAAGGAAGCUGUGGUCAUACUAGCUGAAUACUGGAAAGCAGAUACGGAACUUGUGAUCAACCAAGCACAGAAAUCAGGAUUGGCGCCAAACGUCUCAGAUGCACAUACAAUCAAUGGCAAACCAGGACCAGUCCCUAACUGUUCAGCACAAGAUGCAUUUAAACUGGAUGUUGAGGCAGGGAAAUCUUACAUGCUACGUAUCAUCAACGCUGCACUCAACGAAGAACUUUUCUUUAAAAUUGCUGGACACAAGCUAACUGUAGUCGAAGUUGAUGCCACCUAUGUAAAGCCUUUCAAAACGGAUACAAUCGUGAUAGCACCGGGCCAAACCAUUAAUGUUUUAGUGACAGCAGACAAAUCCUCUGGCAAGUACCUUAUGGCUGCCUCACCAUUUAUGGAUUCUCCAAUUGCAGUAGAUAAUGUGACUGCAACAGCCACAUUACAUUAUUCUGGAACACUGUCAAGCUCUGCGACUACCCUCACGAAUCCACCACCUCAAAAUGCCACCUCAAUUUCUGACAACUUCACAAACUCUUUAAGAAGUUUAAAUUCAAAGAAAUUUCCUGCAAAGGUUCCAUUAACAGUUGAUCACGCGCUUUUGAUCACAGUUGGACUAGGAAUAAAUCCGUGUCCAAGCUGUAAAGCGGGUAAUGGAAGUCGCGUAGUAGCAUCCAUGAACAAUGUCACUUUCAUCAUGCCUACCACAGCUCUCCUUCAAGCACAUUACUUCAAUAUCAAAGGUGUUUUCACUACAGAUUUUCCGAGCAAUCCUCCAUUUGCUUUUAACUACACAAGCACAACGCCCCCGAAGAACUUAGGGACCACAAGUGGAACAAAACUUUAUAGAUUGCCUUACAAUUCCACAGUUCAACUGGUUCUCCAAGACACGGGUAUAAUAGCCCCAGAAAAUCAUCCAAUUCAUUUGCAUGGAUUCAACUUCUUUGCAGUUGGCAGAGGACUCGGAAACUUUAAUCCGAAGAAAGAUCCUAAAAAAUUUAAUCUUGUUGACCCUGUUGAGAGGAACACAAUUGGUGUACCAUCCGGGGGAUGGACAGCUAUUAGAUUUCGCGCAGACAAUCCAGGCGUUUGGUUCAUGCAUUGUCACUUGGAAGUACACACAACAUGGGGACUAAAGAUGGCAUUCCUGGUCGACAAUGGAAAGGGCCCAAAUGAGUCUGUCUUGCCACCUCCAAGCGAUCUCCCGAAAUGUUAGAAGAUAUAAGACAAGAAGAAAAAUAUCAAGAUACAUCUAUUAGGCCAACUGAAUAUGACAUCAGUCUUCUUAAUAAGAAAGAGUCUUUGUAGAACUACACCAAUGAAGCUGCAAAUGUAACUUUUGUGAAAUUUCAGUCACAAAAGAUUGUAGGGAAUAUAGUGCUUUUGAGUCAAAUAAAUUUUGCUUUCAAUCUGCUUAA